AGGAGUAAGCUACAGUACUUAGAUCUUAGUAUGGCUGCAAUAGAACCCCCAGCGCUUGAGGAGUUGUUGAGUGUGUGUUUUGACCUGAAGAAAUUGAGUCUCGAGCAUUGUACUAUCAACCAAACAAUUUGCUCACACAUCGCUAACAACCCUAACUUAGAUACGCUUAAUAUGGCCAUGUGCUAUGGCUUGAAACACUCCAGUAUUCUUUAUAUACUCACUAACUGUAAAAAAUUGGUAAGUUUGAAUUUAGCUUGGACGGGAUUGUCUAAUGAGGAUCUUCGGAUAAUAUGCCGUCGCUUUCCCAAAUCACUCGAGCGGUUGAAUAUUUCCGGUUGCAGAAACACAUUGUCUGAUACACAUGUAAGAUUGUUGGCUGAACAGUCACCUGGCUUGGUAGAAUUAGAUGUGAGUGAUUGCACUCAGCUUACUGCUGCUUCUGUAUCUACAAUAAUUAGUGAACUGCGUCACACAGAAUAUUUAGCCUUCUCACGCUGCUACACCAUACAGCCAGAUGCUUACCUGGAGUUGAAGUCCAUGCCACAUCUGCUCUACUUGGAUCUGUAUGGCAUACUGAAUGAGAGUGCACUCAGUACCCUGCUAGAAAAGACCACUUGGGAGAUUAAUCAGUAUGUGCCUGACAAAACAAAGGACACUGCCAAGAGAUACCCACAAUUGUGUUCUGCAUUCUCAUCUGUGGUUCUUAGAAUUCUUUUCCAUGUUAUCAUUAUAAGAGUUAUUAGCUCUAUUGUAAGGGACAAACUUGGUGAAAAAGCAUUAAAAUCUCACACUUCUUCCUUUGAUCUAAACACCCCUGUUAAUCUCUACCUUGGCCCAUUUACUCAUCCUUUCUACCCUCACUCCUCUGCUCCUUUUAGUGCCAUACUAUCCUGA